UUUUUACUGGAAAGCAUCGGCUGAAACGCAGUUGUAAAACCAUUGAAAUAGUUCAUUAGAGAUCAGUGUAUCUUCAGGAUUUUUUUUUUUAUUCGUUUAGUAUCAGUAGAUUAGUAUCUGCGCUUGCUUCAAACGCGAAGAAGCGUUUUUUUUUUUUUAGAAAAUAUUAAGGGACCAGUGUAACAAAUUAUUUUCUGUAGCAUUUGCUAUUUAUUUUUAAUAGUGCUGUAUUGCAGUGAUACUGUACGGUUUGAGUUCUACAUUUUCUAGAUUAAUUUGCUAAGGCAUUAAUGUAGCCGUAGAGAUUCGUUUUUAUUAGCCAAUCGUCAUACCAUAUAGCUUGCUGUUUACAUUGUAUUUUCGAUAUGAGGAGCCAGCAAGUGACAUCAGGAAAUGCUGCUUUAUAUCCAGCUAUCGUUCCUCUGUCCACGAAUAGCUCUGCCAGCGCAGUCUGUCCUGCCACCAGAAGCAAGGCUUUUUUAUCCCCCACCACCAGGGUUAAAAUUAGUAUCGGUAACACACCGAGCAGGGGUAAAACUUUACCUGCGUCUACCCACAAGAGAAGUUGUUAUGUCAGGAGCUCCUACAGCCUGCCGGGAGACCGCCAACCGACCCACAGAGAACCCUGCUGCAGCAAAGAGAACCCAGGGAUUGCUCCUCCUGUGUUUGUUUUUCACAAGAAAGAACAAACCCUGAAGAGGCCAGCUGAGGACUCCAAAUAUGAAAGUGGCCUGGGAGUCCCAGCAGAAAAACGUGGAAGAUCCACUUCUUUUACCUACUCCUCUGCAGCCUCACAUAUUCAAGAUGAUUCAAACUGUAGAGAUAAACGAGUGAGAUCGUCUUCAUUUAGCUGCAUCCUCUCCUUCCCUCCACAAAAGCCAGUUGCAGGAAAUAAUGUGUUUAUGCCAUCGAGCUUGUUCAGCAGAUUGAAUGUUGACAGCAGCAGCACAAAAACAGCAGGGCUUGUCCCUCCAAGUGUGAAACAGACUCUCCUGUGGCCUGCUGUCCUCCAAGCCCCACCGCUCCACAGCUUCUCUCAGCCAGUGCUCAGUGAGGAGACACCCAGCUGCUAUGGGAGUGCGGCAACAACGCCUCAGGAGCCAUCAGCCUCGUCAGCACAGGAUACAGCAAGUGUAGAAAUGGAAUCAACAUCCAACAUCUUCCUUCAGCUUUUUCCAACAGUGGCAGCAAGAAACCUCGCAAAUCAGAAGACGACCAGAGUAGAUGGCAAUGCAGAGUUUGUGUUUGGAGAAAAUAUGAGUGAAAGAGUUUUGAGCCCACUCAAAACCUCAGACUGUGACAAUGAAGAUAGCAAAGACGAUGCAUCAUUAGAUGAAGACUCGAGUUCUUCUGGUUCCGAAUCGUCAAGCUCAGAGCCACCUUACAAAACAGUGAGAAGGCAGACAUUAAGAGAGUCUGCAGCCGCAUACACUGCAGCUUCCAGUAAGAGAUGCCUGCUGGAGCAGGUGGAGGUCUUCACAGGGGAGGAGGAGGAGAGCAAAGUCAUGCAGGUUACCUGCAAACUGUUUGUGUUUGAGAAAUCCACUGAGUCCUGGUUGGAGAGAGGCAGGGGAGUUCUGAGGCUCAAUGAUAUGGCCACAGAGGAAAGUGGCAACCUGCAGUCUCGACUAGUGAUGAGAAACCAGGGUAACCUGAAGGUGAUCCUCAACACUAAGCUCUGGGCUCAGAUGAAUGUGUUCAAGCCGGCAAGGAAAAAACUGUGCUUCACUGCUACUGACCUGGACAGCCAGGCCGUUCGAGUGUUCCUCAUACAGGCUUGUGCGAAGGAAACGGCGCGUCUCUACUUGGCUAUUCACCACCGUCUGGUUGCGCUGCGGAGUUGUUUUGGAGGGCAGGAAACGGAGGAGAGCCUGAUGAGGCUGGAGGCUGAGCCACAAGCCUCUGUCCUGCACUGUGACAGUGAGGACGAUGAGCGAUAGCCUGCCUUGGAGGCUCAAGAUCCUACCAGUCUAAAUGGAAGAGUAGCCAGCUGGGGUCUGCACAUGAUGAUAUCACCUUGUAUCUACAGAGGACUCGCUAUACUGGACAGUCAAAGACAACUGCAUUCCUUUCUGGUCAGCUUAAACCUUCAGUCAUGCUUCAAAGAAAACCUUCCAGAACAAACCUCUUUAUAGAGCUUGCAGAUACAGAAUAUCAGAAUGUAUUUAGGUCUGUGGAACACGCGUGGGCAGUUUGACUUCACAAGAUUGAAGAAAUUCUCGCUUUACCGUUACAAAAAGACCAAAUUUUACAACAACAAAAAUGUACUAAGGAUAUGCACAUUCGACAUGGACGUUUAUUUUAUUUUUCAGCCCUCACUCUCUCUCUCUCUCUCUCUCUCUCUCUCUCUCUCUCUCUCUCUCUCUCUC